GUGUGUGUGUGUGCGGACGUCGCAAGCAGCCAUAGUAAUCCUGUGUGUGUGUGUGUAUGUUUGAGAGAGGGAGGGAUAUACAACAUAUGAUUCUUGCUGGAGAGGUGGGGUGAGACUCGGCAAAGGAGCGAGGUGAGGUGACUGAGUUUAGAUAACAUCCACUCUCUGCGUGACUGCACAAAUCUCCAGAACUUUGAGAAUUUAACGUCAAGCUGAAGAAUAUUUUUAUUUCACAGAAGACCAGGGUAUUGAAUUAAAUGGCUGAAAAACAAAUCAGUUUACCUGCUAAGCUGAUCAACGGGGGCAUUGCAGGGUUAAUUGGUGUCACCUGUGUCUUUCCCAUCGACUUAGCGAAAACACGGCUUCAGAACCAGCAGAAUGGCCAACGGUUGUACAAUAGCAUGUCUGAUUGCCUCAUGAAGACAAUCCGAUCAGAUGGCUAUUUUGGGAUGUAUCGAGGUGCUGCUGUGAAUCUUACCCUAGUUACACCUGAAAAGGCCAUCAAGCUUGCUGCAAAUGACUUCUUCCGUCAUAUACUGUCCAAAGAUGGGAAGAAGCUGACUUUGUUGAAGGAGAUGCUGGCAGGCUGUGGUGCUGGGACCUGUCAGGUUAUUGUAACCACACCCAUGGAGAUGUUGAAAAUUCAGCUGCAGGAUGCAGGUCGUCUUGCCGCCCAACAGAAGCUGAUGGCAGCGCAGGCAGUGUCGAGCUCCCCCUCGGGAAGCCCUGUUUCCAGUGCAAGUCAUGCUACCUCUGCUCUCAAGUCCCCACAGACUGCCACGCAGAUCACCAAAGAACUGCUCAGAAGCAAGGGAAUUACCGGCCUUUACAAAGGCUUAGGGGCAACAUUGCUAAGGGACGUUCCUUUCUCCAUCAUCUACUUCCCACUGUUUGCUAAUCUUAACAAGCUGGGGCAGAAGAGUGCAGAUGGGAAAGCUCCAUUUUAUGUUUCUUUCAUCAGUGGCUGUAUUGCAGGCAGCACAGCAGCAGUGGCAGUAAAUCCCUGUGAUGUAAUAAAGACCAGGCUUCAAUCCCUUCAAAGGGGUUUGAAUGAAGACACAUACUCAGGAAUAAUUGACUGCGCCAGGAAAAUCUGGAGAAAUGAAGGACCAGGAGCUUUCCUGAAGGGUGCAUACUGCAGAGCACUGGUUAUUGCCCCCUUAUUUGGUAUUGCACAAGUUGUUUACUUCCUGGGAAUAGCAGAGACUUUAAUAGAGAUGCUUCCAAGCAGACAAUAUUAAUGAAGGUGGAGCACCUCAGCAAGACAUCCAGCCUGGUUCCACAGGAUUAUGUGUGUCACUUGAACAGCACAGUUUUUGGAAACUACAACUUGGAUCACCGUCCUCUUCCCCAUUCUACCCACCCUGCCUCCACCACCUUCAUCGCAAAAAUCGUUCCCACUUUUCCCAAUCAUUCCGAAAGAUUGUCAGUAUUUUUUUUGUUUGUUCUACUUUUAAAUUGUUAACACUUUGAAGAAAAUGUGUCUGGGGCUAGAUAGCACCAGAUACCAUUGCAAUUGUUAUAGUCUGUUCUCUUAAGUUGGCCAGUACUGAUACAACAGAAAUCUUUUUGAAGGGAUCAUCUUCGGAGAAAGCAGAAGGCCCUUGCAACUAAUAAUUCCCAUGUGGGAAGCAACAAUAAAUGAGCCAGAUUGAAUUUCCAAUAGCAGAACACUAAUGGGUUUGGGAUACUUUUACUUUGGGCUUCUGUGCCUAGGUGCUGAGUGGCAUUAUUUUUAAACAUUGAAAUGGAAUGGUUCAUCUUGAGUCCACUGAACUUUCAACAUGUUGGUUAUUGGAACAACAGGUAAUUUAGUCUUCUAAUCUAGAUAAUUAAGUUUCAUUGUACAAAAUGAACAGUAAGGCAUUGGCUGCCCAUUAGAUGUCUUUUCUGAUUGUAUUUGCACGAGAUGUAUUGGAAUUCAAUGUAAGAUGGGCAUUUAAUGACUAGCUGAUGUGGUGCCGUACAUUCCAUUUCCUCCUUGUUAAAUUUCAUCCUCCUCAUUCCUUACUAGAUGAUUGAGUAUGUUUUUUUGUUGUUGUGAAAAAUGUAACUUGAGACAACAUAAAUAGAAAAUGCAGAGAGAUUGGGAACCCGUAACAUUUGAUGGUUGUGGCUGCCAUCAGUUUGUGUGAACAUUGUGGACAUUGAAGCUGAGAUAGUAGAUGACGUGGCUGGUGAAAUGUUAGUAGAGACUGAAUAGGUGAGUGAUGAAUUUGAUAUAAAUCUGUUUCAGGCCAUGAAGAUACAGCAAUUUAAAUUCAAGUGAUUCCUGAACUGCAUUGCAUGUAAAUGUAGGCCUUCAGUGCUGUAACUCCAUGGUCUGAGUGGGGUUAAUAUCUUUGCAACUAUGCGGCAACAUUCCUGUCUUAUCACCAGCUCCCAGGUGUCAGCCUUGGAAGGCAGGCUUCUUCUUUUGUGCUUAGCAUCCAAACUAUGGCACUAUCGUACAGACUGCUGCAUUUAUGAUUUAAGAGGACCUGUUUCAUCUGGCCCUUUUUUAAAUUAAUCACAUGAUUAGAACAAACUGGUAUCAUCCAUUAAACUUAAGUAGAUUCAAUACAGGAAACAUAGGAUAUCUGUCACUGUUGGAUUUUUUUUAUUGUAAGAGAAGCCAAUAUACUUUAAUCCUGAAUAAUUCUCAUAGUAUGCAUUUCUAUACAACCUCCCAUUAUUAGCUACCAGUAGAUCGCCCUUGACUGACACAAAUUACAAUUCCUCAAAUGUCAGAUUAAUUUAGAAAGAUAAAAUUUUAUUUUCAUAACAAAGUGAACAAAGAACAAGUGUUCCCAGAGGCCCAACUUUUGCACUGUUGGUAUUUUAAUGAUGUGUAUUUCAACAGUAGCAAAUUGGGAUGCUUUGUUUUGAAGGAUUGGUAUUUUACUGCCCAGAUAUCUGGUAUCUGCACCACAUUCUGUACAUUUAAGUAAUUUGUUGAGGUCUGAUAUAAUUAAUACGAUGCUGCUGUAGAAUGAAUUGAGAGAGAAUAAAUGUGCUUCUGAUAUACAGUUGAAAGAAAAAAAAACACGGGUAUAAUACAUGUACAGGUUUAAUGUAGGAGAUAUUUGCUUUUAAAGAAUAGAAUAAUAUUUUUGUAAGGAAGUGAUUUUUUUCCACACCCCUCCCCACAAACUAGUAAUUCGCAACCAUGUUUCUAUAAUCUUGAUAUGAUCCCCGUGAAAUAUUGGAUUGUAAAGAUCUGCAUUUUUACAGUACAGUACUUCUUGUAUCUAAGGUAUCAGUACUGAAACCAAAGUAUUAUUUCACAUGAUUGAAGAGGAUUAUUGUUCUGGUCCCUUUUGGAGGUGCUGACAUUGUGCUUUAAUUACCAAUGUAAUAGUAUGCUGUAUAAGGAAUUGUGCUAGGUGUUGGUUGUCAGGAAAUACUAACAAUACGAGGGAAGGAACAUUUAUUCAAUGAUUUAUCUCCACCAAAAUUGCAUUUAGAAGUUGAGAUGUUAGUGUUCUCAUUAUUGUGCAAUAUAGAUAAAAAGUAAAUCUACAGGAGACUCGGUGAUGUAGUAUAUUAGAUUGUUGCCUUAUACCUCGGGGACAGUUGUUCAAAUCCAGUCUACAAUUAUGAGAUACAACUGCUGCUUUUCUUUGGGUCCUAAAUGAAAAGAGUUUGCUGUCUAACCAAAGUGCUGCUAAUCAGCACUGAAUUGCCAGUCUUACAAGGUACACUGUAGGAUGGCUGGUGUGAAAAAUCGGACAGAGCCAUAUUGGUGCAUUAGAGUGUCCUCAGGUUUUGUGGCAGACCCAUGUUUCUGGAGCAGGGUACUGGGUGUGCUUAGUUCUGCCACUUUGUGACCAGCCAAAUUCCUUAUGACACAAAAAACGCGGAAUGCUUGAAAUGAGUUAAAAUACAGAAGUUAAAUCCAUUUUAGCCUUUACUGCUUUUUGUACACUACACUGAAGCUCCUUUUAUAAUGAACUGAUCUAUAGGGUUACAGGACCCAGAGUGUGCAAGAGAUUGCUGAAUAAGUUUUGUUGGGGGCCUAAUCCCAGCAUGCACAAUCUUCUUGUUCCUUCCUAAGCAAGUAGUGCUGUUAUAAUUCUGAAUUACUUUUUGCCUUAAUUAGUAUUUUGGGGCAAUGGAGUAUAAUGGACCUGUGAGAGCUCUCAAAAAUCUGCUGGGGAGCUUGUCAUUGUAGAAUGUUAGUAAGGAAGUAAAAUAGUUCAAUAGAUGGUUUGUUGUACAGUGGAACUAUGCACACUGAAUUAAUACUAAAAAUAAAUUUUUGAAAAUGUAUUUAUAUACUAGCUGCCCUCUUGUACAAACUUGCGCAGCCUAACCAUAUUUAGUUUUACUCAUAAUUAGAAUCAUAUCACACAUUUGCCUUUCUGAGCUCUGCCUCAACAUUAAUUUGGAAAGUAGAUGAGUAAUCCAUGGCAUUUUGCAAAAAAUCUUCAGAGAAUCAGGAGUUGGAAUGAAUGUACUAUGCACAUGUAAAAAGUUGUAGUUUUUUCAACUCCUACUACCCAGUCUCCUCUCCUCGCCUCAAUCAAUGUCAUCAUUUCCAUAAUGACACCUGCCUCUCACUCCAAGUCCACUUGUAAUGCAACCCUUAAUAGAGCUGAAUUGAGAUUUUCUUUGUUCCACCUCCUCUGCAUGGAGACUACUUUGUUUCUUCUGCUUAAUUCUGAUGAAGGGAUCUUUAACCUGAAAUAUUAACUCUUUCCCUUUUUACAGAUGUUGCCUGAGUUGUUGUGUUUCCCAACAGAACAAUAAUCUUUUCUGCACCAAUAUGCAUUCAUUAAUUACACAAGCAAUAUUUUCACCCACCUGAAAAGCCGAUUUACCUAAAAUCUUUUGUUAAUAUUUCUUCUACCGCCUAGACACCAAGUUUAGCUAGCAUAUCUUCAUUCACCUCUCCUACCUUUGCCCUUCUGUUUGGUUUUAAUCUGUAUGGUCAGGGUAAUCCAUUGUAUUCUGAUGGUAGUCCAAUGAAAAUUAUUUUUCCAUGUUCUCUGGUGCUUGCUGCAUUGUAAGUCAGUUCAUCCUGAUCUGUUGGUUCUGUGUAAAUUCUAGCCUACAAUUCCACCCAGAGAUUCACAUCAGGAAUGCCUUGCUUUCCUUCUAGAGCUUCUGUUCUUCACUGAGAAUGAUGAACUCUUCACACCACCUGAAUGAAGAUCAGUGCGAAUACCUUCACACCUCCCUUAGUGCGCUGUCUUCAGAAUCAGAUUUAUUAUCCCCUGUCUUGUAUGACAUGAAAUGUGUUGUUUUGCAGCAGCAGUUUCAGGCAGAAACUUGAAAUUGCAAUGAAUUACAAAAUAAAUAAAUAGUACAAAAAUAGAAUAAUGAGGUGGUGUUCCUGGACUAUCUAGCUGUUGCUAAAUCAUUGAGUGUGAGUCUUCAGGCUCCUGUGCCACCUCCCUAAUGGUAAUAAGAAGAGUAGCAUAUCCCAGUAGUGAUGGUCCUUGUGUAUUGAUGCCACCUUCUUGAGGCACUGCCUCAGUGGUAAGGAAUUGCUCACGCUCAUACAACUGAUUUCCAUACCUUGAGCUUUGGAGGAUAGUUGUCUAUGAAAAUCCCAGCCUGCUUAUAUUUAUUGUACAAGUCAGUAGUGUCUUUCUCACACCCCUGUUCAGAUGUAUCGAAAGAGGUGAUCGCUGGCCAGUGUGGUGCAGUAGGAGGGAGACGUCUGAUGUCAUCAGGACUGGGUUGAAUUAUCAAGACUUCUUCACUAUCGUUUCACUUUGCCUCCUAACAAAGAGCCAUCUGAUAUCAUUCCUCAUCUUAUUCCCUCUGGUGACCCCACAGAUCUAUCCUUCGAAAUACUGAAAACACAAUGUCAUUUUCCAUUUGUCCCUGCAAACUCUCACCUCCAAAUUCUCUGCGUUUCCAGACUGUGUGCUCAGCACGUAGCGUUAGGUGAACUAAAAUUCACUAUAAAAUGUUGAGAAGAUAAUCGUCUUUGUUCAGAAACCAGCCCAGCAAUUCUGUAUGAAAAUAACUGAGCCACACCAUCCUCAAACUGUCCUAACUGACUUCCAGAAAAGCUUCUGAUAUCUGUACUCUCCGUCCUUGCUCUCUUUGUAGCUCUACAAGAUCAGACUUGCUCAGACCAUUUAUCGCUGAGCUCCUUUUGCUUUUAUUCCCACCAGACUAUUAUCCUGGCACAUUUCAGGCCAGCCACACUUGUUCUAGCUUCCAUAAUCUUGUUAUCAAGACCACUUUGCAGCCUAACAGUGGCUCCUGUAUUCACUUAGCUCCCAUUUAAAUCUUACCAUGACUUUAAAAUUCUCAACUUUCUUUUCAAAUACUUCCUCUCAUCUUCAUAUAAUCCUGCCCUGCGAGGACCAACAGCUAUCUGGCUCCUCGAUCAUAUGUGCCUGCAAUUGUUUUACUGCUCAACCCUGUGUGGCCAAAUAACAACCAUUUCAAGUUGUGAAAUUCUCUUUUGAAUCGACACUGCCUCUUAAAGCAUUUUUUGAAAUACCACUUAAAACCUAACUCUGCCCAAUCUUUUGAUUAUCAAUCUUAAUAUCUGACUUGGUGCAGAAUAAAGACAAAGUUAUACCGUACCGUAACAAGCCCAUUGGCCCUGGCACGUGCCAACUAAGCUCAGCUCAUUUACCAGCCUUUGGCAAAACUUUUCCAGUCAAAUAACUGCCAUUGAAAGUUAUUGUACCUUCUUCAAUCGCUUCCUUUGGCAGCUCAUUCCACAUACGUAGGUAUCACCAUUUUGUGUAAGUAUAAAUUUGCUCCAUAUAUUCCUAUUAAAUGUUUCCCCUCUCACCUUAAACCUGUACUCUUGAGACCUUAACUUCAUAAAUCUGAAAAUAGAUGCAUUCACUUUAUGCUCCCCAUGAUUUUAUUUGCCUCGAUAAUAAAUAACCUGAGAUAUAUAGCUGUAGCAGGCAUCAUGCAAAUAUAGUUGUAUUGUGUUUCCCUGAAUUAUACAUUGAACUGCUGUGCCGUAAAUCCAAUGGUGAUAUUCAAACCAACUGAGUCACAGCAGCAAAAAUGUUAUCCAAUUGUUUCUGAAAAUUCAAAAUGUGGACAAACCAGUGCUUUCUCCAGCUUGGUAUAGAAUAUUCAAUCUCUUCCUACUUGGCUCCUUUUGACAAUAUAAUCUCAAAUUCCAUUGAAUUUAUCUCAGGCAGGCUCUACUGUAGCAUGUUCUAUCUGAGCUGAGCCUUCAGUCCUAUAACCUAUGCAUCAACAAAGCUGGUUCCUUCAGCUGAUUUCCUGUAAUGUUCUUUGUUCCCUUAAGCCUUUAGUCAGAGCUCCUUCCUGUACACACUCUGAAUCACUCCCAAAUAUGCUACAAACACGUUACUGCAAAACACACCCUUGCCCUUCUUCACAUCACCAAAGCCCAUCCAUCAGCCUUGCCCUAAUCAAUCUCCAUUCAUUUCCUGACUCAUCUGGACUCCUAAUCUUUUCAGUGUUCUUACUCUGUUGCUUCUGCAGCUUUGUAUCUCGUACUGUGCCCUACACCCUGCUGACUGGCAUCCAUCCUGUGCUUCCACCCCUCCAAUAUCUCCAGCUGAAAGCCUCAUCUCUUGGAGUUGCUUCUCUAAAUCAGCUUGUCUAGGCAUUCUAAAUGUUGUUAAAUGUCAACUCAAAAUGUUCCUUCAGUGACCAGUUUAUGUGCUCCAUCUUGUGAUGUUUGCUACAUGAAAAUGCCAGAUAAAAGCAAGCGGAAUAUAGAUAGCUGAGCACUGACCGAGGAUUUUUCCUAACGUAAAUACUAGCCGUGUACAGUCUGUACCACAGACAAGGCAGUUAUUGUUAACGACCACUGCAGACUGCUCAUUUUUAACAUUUGACACUCUUUAUCCCCAGAAAUCCCUUUUAAGCACAACGUGAGGUGCUUCUUUAGGCUUAAAGAGGCAGUAGUGCAUAGCUAAUUAAAAUAGCGCUGGGCUUCAGAAGUGUAGCUUGUGGGAAUCUCACAAUUCUCCAGCCACCAACAGCUCACUUUGGGUUUAAAAUCCCUGGCUUAGCAUUUGCUCCAAACCGUGUUUUCUUGACAUUAAAGCAACAUUACAGGUUAUCCUCACAUUGUUUGUGAUGGCUGUAUGAAGCAUGAGAGCUUAAAAUGCAAGCUUCAUAGAACAUUACAUUGUGUUAAAACUGAUAUAAGAUCAUUGUUAGUUUCUACACAAUAUUCUCUAUUAACUUGUUGCAAGUUCUGACAGUUGGUACAUUGUAACACAGCAGAUAUGUUUGUAGGCAGCUCUUAAAGGGACAUAUCACCAUAGAAACAUUAAAGGGAUGUAUCACCAUAGAAACAUUACUCUUCCUGUUGCAGGGGAGUGUUGCCAAUGAAUGGAGAGUGGAGAGGAGUAGGUGGUUAGUGGAAUGGGAGAGGUUGGUGGAGAACAAGAGGCAGGCCCAGAGUUACAUGUAUGAGAUGUGGCAGAGACCUGCAGCAGCCUGAAAUGAUCCUUAGGCAGGGUGGCUGAGACUGGGUCUGCACCUGACAAUCGAGUCCAAAGUGGCCACGACACAUGUAAAGUCGAUUUCCAGUUGUAGUGGAUCACAUACUUCAGUGAAGACGAAGAAUGGAGUUUGUUGCCUGGUUAAAAGGCACUACUUUGGGUUAAUUAAAGUUGGAUUUUUUUUCUGUAGGUGAGUAAGAAUUGACAGUUUUCAAAGUAGGAGACUGAAAAAUCUCUGCAGGCUUACUCUGGAUAGUUCAUUGUUUUGGCAACAUUUGGCAGAGUUCUACAACAGAAAAAAAAGUGAUAAGGAUCAUAGGAAUCUUGCUGAAAAUAUGAAAAGGUGUAUACCCAAGAGGGUGUUAAGGUAUGCAGAUAGGACUUCAAAAUUGCUUACUCCUGGUUAACUCAAGUUUUCAACUGAACAGCGCUCUUUGGAACUGUCUAAACAAAUUUCUAGCACCCUGACUUUCAUUGUUAUGACAGUGCCAAAAGAUUCACUACCAAGUGCCAAAGAGUUAAGUUGUUACAAACAGCUGUUUUUUUAUUAGGUUUGCCAUGUAAUGCAUGAAGAAUUUUUUCUUUUCAGAUCAGUACUUUAAUUGCUUACAAUUGCCGUAUUAGUCUCACUAAAAACAUAUUAGAAUAUUCAUUGCUGUUUAAUAAUUAUUCUGGAGGUUCAGUAUUUGCUUAGCAAAGUAUUAUUUCGAAUAAUUCUAUUAAUAGAGGUACUCUCCUGAGUGACUUUCAUAAGAAAGGGAAACAAUACAUUUCCAGCAGUUAAUUGAACAAUUAACUGGAAUGGUUGUCCUUUGAAGACUGUUUAAUAAUGUUUCACUGCAUUGUUUUGUCAUUUUUGCUUUGUGUUCAGUGAGUUAGGGGUCAGUGCAGCAUUGCAAAUCUACAAUAGUUGACUGCUUUCAACAGGAGGUUCGCAACUGCAAAUUACAUCUGCAGUAUGUAAUUGGAGUUUGGCUUCUUGGAAUUGUGAGCAUUAGACAGGUAUGAAACACACUUGAUGGUACAAAUUUGCACCCCGGCUCUUGGGCCUCAAUGUGUCCCUCAUCAGCUGCCUACCUAGAUAAGGGACCAAGCAGUUGUUGGUUGAUAAGGAGUGUCACAAACUGGGGGAGAGAGACACUGUUCAGCAAGUACAUAAUGGUGUCAGGUUUUGGGAGGAUUUUUAGCAUUCUGGUGGAGUGGAGGAACAUUUGAGUUGUAAUGGUCUCCAACUGUACAUCAUCCAGACCAGGUAAGAUGAAAUUCUUCUCAAUAAAUCAUUCUACCAAAGACAUCUACAGCCCAGCACUUUACAUGAGCAAUUAUUAGUCUAUUUUAAUGCUAGUGCUUUCUGUGUACCUGCUAAUGUUAAUCAUACACUGACUGUCCUCUGACAAAUCCAUAAUUAAUCAAACUCCAUGCACUUAAUUUUAAUAAAGAAGGUGAGUUACCUAAAUCCUUCCCAAAGUAACUUCAAUAAAGUGUAUGCAACAAUGCUCACCCCUGGCAAUGUUAAACAUGCAAUGUAGACUUGAUUUCUGAUGCCUGCCUCAGUCACUGGGUUGCCAGUUCACCUGUGUUCAGUCAAGACAUUGGCCACAGUCUUCAUGCAUGGCAGAAACAUUAAUUUUCUGCACCCGAUUUACAAUAAAACUUUAAAUUGCAGUAAUAUAGGAACUCUAAAACUCACCUUUGAUUUUUACAGCUCCUGGACUCAGUUCAGAUCAAUAAUUGAAGAAGUCUCCCUGGGUGGCUAUUUAACUGUGUGGCAGAGAGAGAAAUGGCAACAGCUUGCUGCUGCUGCUAUGGAAAAUUUCAACCAUGAAUGUCAAUAGGUUUAAGUUCACUAACUUAUUGGUCCUGCAAUCAAGAAGGGUGGAUAUAAACUGCCACGUAUGUCUUUGUCCUCCAGAUCCUGGCUUUGGCAAAUUGCUGAGCUGUUGGAACACGUACACAUCUGUAAAGAUCUAUAGCAACUUGAGAAUACUAAGGACUACUGGCAAUAGGCAGAUAGAUUGUAAAUGACCUCUGCACUAUGUUGUGACUCUAAUGUGCUAAAUUCUGCUUGGAGGGCUCAUCUUUGUUCUUCUACGUGCUGCUGGUCUAAAAGCCAGUCGAAAUACAUUUGUGUUUUAAAACGGAUUGUUUCUCUCAUAGAUAAUUGAAUACUCUUCUUGCAUAUUGUCAGUUACCUCAAGCACAUAGCCAGGCAAUCUGAACACCAGGUCUGGAUUCAGAAUUAAAUUUCUGUUUCUAUUCCUGAUUGCAUUCUGUUGUGCAUCUCUGUAGGCUGCUUGUGUAGAGGAGAGGCAGAGUAGGUGUGAAGCUGGGCAAGUUUCACUUCCUGAUUGGCCAUGAUUUGGGAGACAUUUCCUCGUGGAUUUUUAUUGAGCAAGGGCAGAAAACUUAAGUUUUCUGGACAAUUAUGCAGAGUAACCCUCAAAGAGAGCUCAAGAUGGUUGGAGUAAGCACAUGGAAAUAAUGACCAAAUUUUAGUACAGUAUUUUAACAAUUAUGAGUCACAGUGUCUGUGGUGUCUGUGAAAUUAAUGGAAAACUGAGAAUCAUGUAGGCAUUUGGCACUGCUCUCAGGACAGGUGCUGUAAAGCCAUUAUUAAUGCAAGUGGUGAAGCGAAAGUGGAGAGAAAUUUUAACUGUAGUGUCUGAGAAGUGAAUGUAUUGUAAUGUGAAGCUGUCGAGUGCUGAUGCUUGUGAUGUUGGUUAGAUUUUGUUUUUUUGUUGCAUCUGUCCGAAAAUAAAUCUUCCUGGGCAUUGUUCAAUAAGUUAUAUUAAUACAUAUGCAAAAUAAUCUGCACAGUUUGCACUGGUACUUUUCAGUGUCAAGACUAAUUAGUGUUGUCAUUUUCAAAUCAGUGAGUCCUUACAGGUUUUGGUUAUUUGUUUGUAACCGGAUUCCGUUUAUUGUAACUGUGUGGGAAUCCCCCAGAACCAAAUUAGUAGCAGCUUAGAUACUGAGUGUAGUGACAUUUGUAAUUGCGUAAUGCUUUUUUCUUGUCUGGGGAACCAAUUUGUUGGGAGGUAAACGUCGCAUAUUGAUUGUGAUCUCCGUCAUGAUUGCACCCUCUUCCUGUUGUGCGCAUCCAAUCAGUGGCUGUAAAUGCCCUUUUGGGUUGUUUACAUGCAUGUGUUUACAUGUGACCUUUGCCAGCGUGAGGGAGCUGCCAGCAUAAUCACCCCCAGCUGAGGAGGGUUUCUGUGCACUUCAUAUAGCUUUGUAUUCUGUGGUUUUGAGGAAUUCAAUUUUGUCUGAGGUGCUGCCUAAGAAUGAGCCAACCCACUCCCAGUGCCACCAGUCCCCUUUGUUUGUUGCAGUGCUUUAGUGAAAAUGUUUCCAUUCAGCUGCUUGAUGACCACCACAGGUUUAGUCUUAUUCUGAUCACUGUCCUUCCAUAUACUGCAAACACCAAAAAGAAACUGAUCAUGGAAACUUUGCCCAUUUCUCUGCUGGAAUUAUCUAAAAUGUUUUAAUGGCUUCUAAGGUACUAUACAAGUUCUUUUGUUUGGUAAAUUUCCUGUUAAAUUAUUAUAAACCAAUACAAAAGAAGGAAACCCCAGAUUAGAUCUUUAUCGUGUCUUUGCUGCUGGGAAUGGGCAGAAGUGGGAUUUGUGCUAGUGAGAAUUGGAAUGAUCAGCAAAUUUUGAGCAUAGAAGUAAUUCUUGCUUUUCUUUUACACAAAUUGACAAGAAAGGACUUGAUUAAUUCAUAUGGUAUCAUAAAGCAGUAGAUGUACUUUCGAAAAUGGCUUGAAGGUAGCAGUGUUGUUGGGGUUUCAUUGGUGUGUGCCUUUUUUUUUCACCCUUCUGCACUGUGUGGUCUAGGAGUAAGGGAAUCUGUGAAUAUGACAACAGCAACACUACAAGCUAUGUGGGCUGAAGUAAAUUGUUCCACAACUUUUAGAGAUCAUCUUCUGUAGUUAAUCUCUACAGAAGAACAUUUUUCAUAUAUUUAUUGCUGACUACAAAUUAAAUAUGAAUAGAGAAUCUAAUAUUUUCAAUUACUGGCAACAAAUUUCAAAGCCUAGGUGUGUGGGUCACAUCUGCAAAUUGGCACCUCUUUGAAAUCUGCAGCCAACAAGUAUUCUGUAAGACAAUAACAGACUAGACAGUGCACAAAGGCUAGGAGAUGUUUAGAGGAAAGAUGAGGUUGAUUACUGGGGCGUGGAUUGCAUCUGACAAUCUUGGGAUCUAAAUCCUUCGACCAUUGUAACUUGAAGCAUUCCUAGUCCAAUAUAUGAAGUAUGACUGGUUGUUUUGAUUGAAGUUUUAUUCCAGAGAUGCUAAAGUGAUAACAUUUGAACAAAAGUUUAAUUGGAAAUGUUUAACAACUCUGAAUUGCAAACACUAAUUCCUUAAUAAUAUACAAUAGAGUGCAAUUUAUAAAUGUCAGUUUAUUUAAAUAAAUGGAAAUAUGUUCUUUGUGCAAGAAUACAGUUAAAAUGAUCUUUUUUUUUGAGUAUUUUUUUCAUCAUUGCAGAAUGCUGUAUUCUGAUUUCACUGUAGUAGGAACAGCUCUCCUACUGGGUUAACUGAAGUUCCAAAACAAACUGGAGCUGACUUAUUUUUGCACAUUGACCUGAGAAUUAUGUACUUCCUCCCACAACUUCAUUUCACCCCCCCCAUUUAAAAAAUAAUAAUUUUUUAAUAGUGGCUUUUUUUUGAGAAAUAGUAUUGUCUGAACUCUGAAAAUGUGAAAUGUUUUCCUCAGCAGUGGGUUGUUUAAAUGCAGUUGUAAUUAAGCUCCAAAGUUAACCUGCUGUGAUGAGUGUAAUUUUGUGAAUUAAUGUAAUUUGACGUGAAGCCUGCACACUGCUUUUAGUAGCUGCUGCAUACUGGCACUAUUUAACUCUGUAAAUGGAUCUGUAUUAAAAUAAAAUUGAAUUCUGUGUAAUUGAUGUAAUGUGGGAAAAUAAUAAAGGUUAUUGAGACCAGAAUAUUGAGGAGCAUCAAUUUCUGCCUUGUCUACUUUUCCAUUCGCAAUUCCUGUUAGAUUGUCAGCUAGAUACAAUGCAUGCACUUCAGUUGUGUCAGUGGGCUAGAGGUUGGUACCACAGGCUGUUGUUUACCUGUCCCUCUGGUGAGAUGGGUGUUUAAUUAUGUCAGGGCAGCAUUCAAAAAGGUGAUGGUCACUAGAUGCAAUAGGUAUUACACAUUACAAAGAGCUGAGACUUAAAGAUGCUGUUGAACAACUUAUUGCAGGAAAAUUAGUAAGAGAUCAUAGUGAAAAGGCAUCUGCAGAUUUUCUCUUGUUUGUGGUAGAAAGAAGGCAAAUUAGGCAGAUAGCGGACUGUAGAACAAUUUGGUAAGGGAGCUGGAGUCAAUAGAGUUAACAUGUAUAGGACAGAGGGAUAUUUAGCAAAAGUGCUGUGGAGUCUGCAUCAGGAAUACAGGGUAGUUUUGUAAUGAGCACUUUGAGGGGGUAUUUAACAAAAUUGUUAUAAGGAUUGCAUGGUAUUUAGUAAAAUGGAAAAGGGGGUGCAGGAAAAUUGUAAGAAUAUGAGGGAAUGGCUGUGACAAGGAUUUAGUAAGGUAUUAUAGGAAAUGCAGGAAAUUUGUUUUGGGAGCCAUAGGGGAGUGCAGUAAGUAUGCUAAAGGAGUAGCAGAAAGAUUUGAUCAAUGUUGAACUGACUGCUGUAUUAGACCAAGAGAUUUACAGGAAUUCAGGAAAUUCAGUAAGUUAUAGAUACGGCAGGGGGACUUGCUAAGAAUGAUUGAGGAAUUCAGUUAGGCAAAAGUACAGAGAAGUCCAGGUCAGGCCCCCUUCUCAUUGCUACCAUCAGGCAAGAGAUAUAGAAGCCUGAAGUCCCUCAGCACCCUAUUCAGGAACAGGUACUUUCCUAUGAAACCAGGUUUUUGAGCCAACCUGCACAACUCUAAUCCUUCCUCAGCAAAGGAACACUACAGACCACCAUUUGCACCACCAUGAACUUGUGUCUGAUUGUGUCAUUUUUGGCCUGCUGUCUUGUGUUAAAUAGUCUUUUUCUUCUUCACUGUCUUGUGUAAUUUAUGUAUAAUGUUCUGUGUUUUGUCUUGGUCUACAUGCCUGUUCCGUCUUCUGGGUUUUCGGCAAGAUUUAAUCAACAUGGUUUGUGCAUUAGACUCUGUAGUUCACAUUGUGCUGUGUUUCUGGUUCCUGGUUGCUCCUUUUUUUUCCAUGUUGCUAUUUCUGGGUGAUUUUGAUCAGGGUGUCCCGCAGGUACUGAACUAAAUAUGGACUCUUUUCAGUUUUGUGUUUUGUAUUCUGUGUUUUGAGCUAGUUUUUUUUUUUGUUGCCAUUUGUGCAAUUCUUUUUGCAUGUGGUGGGGGGUGUUGAUGUGUUUCUUUGAAUAAGUUCCACUGUUUUCUUUGUUUCAUGGCUGGCUGUGGAGAGGACGAAUC